AUGGUGGUGGUGGGGAGCUGUAGACAUAUGGUGGAGGAGGAGAUUUGUACUCAACCUUGGGUGAUGGUGAGUAAUAUGGUGGUGGUGGGGAACUGUAGACAUAUGGUGGUGGGGGAGAUUUGUAGUCUACUUUUGGUGAUGGAGAGUAGUAUGGAGGUGGUGGUGGAGAACUGUAAACAUAUGGUGGUGGAGGAGACUUGUAUUCAACUUUAG